GAGCAGGGGUAUGGGGAAGGGGACCAGGAGGCCUGGGCCUGAGAGUGGAGACCCCGGUCUUGUGGGCAGGAAGUGUGAGGUGCAGAGCAGCUAGGAGCCUGGGGAGGCAGCUGAGCGGGAAGGGGUGUGUGUACUGGUGGUGAGGGGGGAGCGGAAGUCGGAAGCUCCAGCUGCCACACUCAGGGGGCGGACGGACUGUGCAGCAGGGGCCGCUCCUGGGGCGGCUAGGCUAGCUCACCCCUUCUUGGGCUAUUCGAGGUUUAAAGGAAUGAGCCCUAAGCAGGACUGUCUGCCCGACUUCCUGGGGCACCAGGACAUCAUAUCACCCCUCUUCUGCAGAUAAGGACUACACCCAGCACAGAGAUUAAAACCUGGACUGCUGAACUCUCUGUGGCAGGAAGGGUAGAUAUGAAUUCCCAGUGACCCCGUUGGCCAGCACGCACCCUAAUCUACAAAAUGGGUUUGUGAAGGCAGACACUUCUGGGGGCUCCCACGCGGCUUUCGCUCUGUGGACGAUGGGUGACGACAGACUGUCUGACCACACCACAUCCACGGAAUUUCACAACAUCUAUUCGGGAGACGACCUGCAGCCCAGCCCAGGAGUGCCCUUGAGGGAACUGAGCAGCCAACCUGAAUCUUCUGGACCUUGUGGGGAGCAGAUCUGGGCCUUCGAGCCUUCUGAUUCCAGGGGGCAAGAUGCCCCCAGGGGCCCUGAUGCACAGCCCAUGCAUCUGGAGAGCUGCUCUUCCCAAGGGGAGUACAGGCAGAGAACAACACCCCCUGGGUCUCCUGGGGACAGCCAUCCUCUGGGGAGCCCACAGCAGAGCCAGAGCACUUCUGCCCAGGUCAUGUUCUGGGCUGGCAUUCUGCAGGCCCAGAUGUGUGUCCUCGACUUGGAGGAGGAGCUGGAGAAGACAGAAGGGCUCAGGGCCGAGCUGAGAUGCUGCCUCCCCACUGCCCCUGUGGACUUGCCCCCCUUCCCCUCCAGCGCAGCGAGUCCCCAGGACUCGGGCCUCCACCCAAGGUCCCCACCCAUGGAGGAGGACUUGGGGGAAGACAGUAGUGGGCCUCAGGGGGAGAGCCGGGGGUGGUCGAGGGAGGGAACGCCAGGCUCUUCUCCAGAGUGGGGCACGGAGGAGGAGAGCCUCUUUUUCGACAACCCCCUCUUCCUGGAGAGCCCUUGCUCGGAGACCAGCAGUUCCAGAGAGCGCUUUUCCUGGGAGUUCCCAGACACCCUUGUGGACGAGAGGACUGGGCCUGGAAGCCCGCAGACCCAGGAGACCCCACUUGCAGGAGGUGGCGUUCCCUGGCAGCUGGGAAGUGAGCCGGAUUUGGGGGACGGCACAGAUGAUUCCAGUGGGCACACCACCCCUCCGUUCCCUGUGCCCAUCUACAAGGUGCACUCUCUUUUCUGGGCCACAGGGGACGCCACCGAGGGGGCUCCCGCAGCACUUUUGGGCCAGGCGGAGAGUGAGAAUUCCUCAGGAGACAUGGUUGUUCCUGCCCCAUCUGUAGCAUCUUGUGUGGACAGAGCAUGGGCCUGCGAGUCAGGACACCUUGGAUCUGGCCCUAGCCCUGCCACGCACCCUGUGCAACCUUGGGCUAUGCUCUGCCCUGAGGGCUGGCAGACAGAGGAGGGUUCUUCCUGGCCCCAGGUGCCGCUCAGCUCCCAGGACACAGGGGAGACGGAUGCUGAGCGCCUGCAGGAUUCUGCCACUUGCACCUUGGCCCCUGGCCCCAGGGGGAGCCCAGCUUCUUCACCACAGCCCAGCAGCCCUGAGUCUGAGAGCAGAGCUCCUGGCCCCUGGCCCAGCCCAGUGUCCUCCCAAGAGGGGAGUCCGCAGCUUCCACACCAUCACUCGAGCAGCAUCUUCCCCAAGGGGACACUUGAUGCUUCACACCUUUCACUCUUGGAGACAGACGGGGCAGAGCCAAGUUCCCUGGAGAAAAAGGCGGCAAGGGAGGCCCCAAGCCCAGGGGAGGAAGUAAAGAGCGAAGACGAAGACGCAGUCAGGACUAAAGAGGCCAGAGCUGCCCAGCAGGACGUUCACUCGACUUCUGCAGAAGGGCUUCCUGAGAACCCCAUGCCCCAAGAACAGUCCCCAGAGGAAGGCCAGAGGCCACAGGCUGGAGACAAGCUGGCUAAUGGCGUCAGGACCGACAAGGUGGCCUGGAACUUGGCCUCACGCCUCUAUCGUCUAGAGGGUUACCGAAAGUCUGAAGUGGCUGCCUACCUGCAGAAGAACAAUGACUUCAGCAGGGCUGUGGCUGAGGAGUACUUGUCCUUCUUUCAGUUUGGAGGCCAGAGCCUGGACCGCGCCCUUCGGGGCUUCCUCCAGGCCCUGGUGCUCAGCGGAGAGACUCAGGAGCGGGAGCGAAUCCUCUACCAGUUCUCAAAGCGCUUUCACUACUGCAAUCCUGGGGUCUUCUCCUCAGUAGAUUCUGUGCACACCUUGACCUGUGCGAUCAUGCUCCUUAACACGGACCUGCAUGGACAGAACAUUGGGAAAAGCAUGAGCUGCCAAGAAUUCAUCACCAACCUGAACGGCCUGCGAGAUGGUGGAAACUUCUCCAAGGGGCUGCUGAAGGCCCUCUACUGGUCUAUCCGGAGUGAGAAGCUCGAGUGGGCUGUGGAUGAAGAAGAUACAGCCAGACCUGAGAAGGCCAUGCCAUCUGCCCCAGCUGGCAAGAUGGGCAGCCCUUUCCUCCAGCUGGCCCAGGACCCCACAGUGCCCACCUACAAGCAGGGCAUCCUGGCUCGGAAGAUGCAUCAUGAUGUGGAUGGCAAGAAGACACCUUGGGGCAAGCGCGGCUGGAAGAUGUUCCACACCUUACUGCGAGGGAUGGUACUCUAUUUCCUGAAGGGAGAGGACCACUGUCCUGAGGGGGAGAGUUUGGUGGGGCAGAUGGUGGACGAGCCUGUGGGGGUGCAUCACUCGCUGGCGACCCCUGCCACCCAUUACACCAAGAAGCCACACGUCUUCCAGCUGCGUACCGCUGAUUGGCGCCUCUACCUCUUCCAGGCACCCACUGCCAAGGAGAUGAGUUCGUGGAUCGCUCGCAUCAAUCUGGCUGCCGCCAUGCACUCAGCACCGCCCUUCCCCGCAGCCGUGGGCUCCCAGCGCAGAUUCGUGCGGCCCAUUCUCCCGGUGGGCCCGGCACAGAGCUCCCUGGAAGAGCAACAUCGAUCCCACGAGAACUGCCUGGACGCUGCCUCCGAUGACCUCCUGGAUCUGCAGAGAAACUUACCCGAGCGGCGGGGUCGCAGCCGCGAGCUGGAAGACUACCGCUUGCGGAAGGAAUAUCUGGAGUACGAGAAAACCCGCUAUGAGACGUAUGUGCAGCUGCUGGUGGCCCGUCUACGCUGCCCUGCUGAGGACUUGGACCUGUGGGAGGAGCAGCUGGGGAGGGAAGCUGGAGGCACCUGGGAGGCCAAGCCCAGCCUGAAGAAGUCCCACUCGAGCCCCUCCCUGCACCAGGAUGAGGCCCCCACCACGGCCAAGGUGAAGCGUAACAUCUCAGAGCGCAGAACCUACCGAAAGAUCAUCCCCAAACGGAACCGCAAUCAGCUGUGAAGCUCCCACCACCUCUCAGAUACUGGCCCUUGCUCUGGGGUAGACCUGAGGUGAAACCUGGAGGAGCCCUAUUUCGAUGAGCUCCUUCCCAGCUAGGAGGGGACCCAUGUCCUCAGGUUCCCUGUGGAAGGACAACCCAUCAUUUCCCUGUGGUCCUCAUCCCUCACUCGCUGGCGCUUUCCCAAUACUGCUGGACCCUGUCCCCCGUGGAGCUUUUCAGCUGCCCCAGGCCCUGGUCACUCCUGAGGGAGGCUGAGGACUUGGCUCCACUUCCUGAGGUCUUCCCAUCUCACCCUCCAGCUUCCCUUCCUUAGGCAGAGUCCAGAGCUGUCCAUUUCCCAGGCCUGGUGAGGAGCUCAGCCCUUGUUUGGGAAUCAGAGCACAGGUGGGUCCCCGGGCUCCUGGGAGAUCAUAGCUGCCUCAGAGACCCCUGGGAAGUCAAAACAGGAGAGCAGCAGCCCCGAGGACGGUGUUGCCUCAGGGACGAGGUGCCUGCUGGGGGAGGCCCAGGAGAGAGGACUCCCAGUAGACAUCAACCAGCCCAUCUUGCUAGAGCCUGCCCGCCAAAAGGGCUGCCUUGUGGGCAGGAGCAGGGACUUCAGCAAGCUCCAAGGCUCUGGGAGGCUGACCGUGGGGCCCGUGUCUUUGUCUCCUUCAGCUCUUCUUCCCCUACAAUCAUCCAUGAACCCAGGCAGAUGAGAGAGGCCCCAGCCUCACGUGCCCAAUUGCUGAUCAAUAGAGCAGAGCUGGGGGCUGUGAGUGAGGGGCGGAAGGAGUGGGGGGCUUCUAGAGCUCUGUGGAGAGCCCUGGGGCCCUGGGAACAAGGGGCCUUUGUUUCCUCAGAGCAGAGAAAGAGGUUCUCCAGGUUCAUACCCCUAGGGAGAGUGGUAAAAGCAGUAACAGUUGGGGGGAGGGGGUGUCCUCCCAGGCUGGAGCCACAGCUGAGAUUUGUGAGGGAUGGGGUGGAGGCCUGGGAGACCAGGUGAGGCCCUGGUCAGGCCUGGGAUAUCCCUGUGGUUCAGCAGGUCUGAGAAGACUCCUCCAUGCCCCACUUGCCACACCCCACAUCCCUAAAAGCCCCAAUCCUGUGGGCACUAGACUUCCUUCUGUUCCCCAUGUCUUUGUCUCCUUCUGGCCAGCUCAUACCACCCCUCACCAGCUCACAGAGGGCUUAGCUGCCCUCCCCUGAGAAAUCCCAGAGCACUGCCCUCUGGCUGUCUCCCAGCUGGGCCUAUUCUCGGGGCGGGGGGGUGGGCGGGAGAGGUUCCGGAGAUUCAAGGACUGGAGGCUCUGCUGUGGGAAGGAGGCUGGGCUGAAGGGAGCAGCCACCAUUGUCUCUGUUCAGCCAAGUGUGCGACCAGGCUGUCCGCCAAGAGGGGGCCUCUCUGCUGCCUGUCGGCCACCUGCUGGCUGACACCCUGCCUCUCCAGGCUUCCUGCUGGCCAGCUCCUCCUUUCUGAUGCUUGUUACCAGUCCCUCAGCUAGGGAUCGGCCCCUGGGGCCAUGCAGGGUCUCUGGCUGGGCCAUGCACCCAAUGGGUGCACAAUAAAUACAGGGUGACAAGGAAGAGGUGUGUGCAAGAGUGUGAGGAGGGGAGGGCCGGGCAGUUCUGGGUGAUCAGGUCCAUCUGGAGUGUGGUAGGCUGUUUUCUUCUUUGCCCCUGUGUGCGUAUGGGUGUCUGCUUGUGCACCGGUGUGUGUGUGUACGCAGGACUCACAUAUUCAUAGACUGUCAAAGCUGGAGGAGAUGUCAGCAUCCUUUAUUCAUCCAUUCAUUCACUUGCUGAUUCAUUCACUCAUUUCACAAAUAUAUGCAGCACUUUUGGUGGGCCAGUGCUGGGGGAUUCCAAAAUGAAUUAGGAAAAGGCGGUCUUGCCCACUGGCUCCCAGCUGUCAGUCUAGAAAUGCACUUUAUCACGCAGGGGAAGCAGGCUGCAAAUACAUUCCCACCCCACUCCCAGGAUUCUCAUUCAGUAGGUCUGGGUCAGGGACAGAUGUCUAUUUUUGAAGCUCCUGGGGCAGCUCUGAUGUAGUGGGAGUGAGAGUUACGGUGGAGUCCAAUUAUCUCAUCUUACUGAGGUGAAAACUUAGCAACAGAAGCGUGUGGUUUGGCCAGGACGGAUGCUUAGAAGAGAAAUGGUCUUGAGUGGGUUACUUAACCUCACUGAACAUGUAUCCUUAUUUCUGAAACCGGAAUAAAAGGUGGAGGUUUGCUUGCAUAUAUGUGUAUGUGCGUGUGUGUGUGUGUGAGAGAGAGAGAGAGAGAGACGCUUUGAUGCUCCUUUGUCUUGUAGAAAGGGCACCUCCCCUUUCACCUGGGCACAUGAAACCUUCAGAGCCAGGGUGAUGGUGGCUGCCUGGCCUCACCAAUCAGUGUUGCCCAGGACCCUUGCCCUUUGUCUGGAGGGUCUUCCAAGGUGGAGAUUGGGUUCCUGAGCUGCAGUUAUGGCAUGUGGCCACUUGGGGGAGGCCUUGCAUCUUCCUAGCUGCCAGCAGGGAGGGUCUCCAGCUGCAGAGCUGGGCUCAUUGGAAGGACAGGAAGUUAGUCUUUGUGUCCCUGUGUGAUCACCAGGGAAACCCUGGUGGUGUCGUGGUUAAGAGCAGUUGAAAAAGGUCGGCAGUUCAAAUCUGCCAGGUGCUCCUCGGAAACCAGGUGGGCCAAUUCUACUCUGUGCUAUAGAGUCAUUAUGAGUUGGAAACGACUUUAUGGAAAUGUGUUUUUUUUUUUUUUGGUCAUCACCAGAACCAGGACCUUCACUCCCUAAGCCCACAGUGGCCAGGCCAGGAUUCUCACCAUCUGGGGAAGUCUUUCUCAGACGAAAGGUUGGGACUCUGAUAUCUUUCUACAGGUGAAGAGGAAGAAAGAAGUUUUUGGAACCUUAUAGGGUUAGCACAGAGCUCCCCACAGGAUGGCUUCAGGUGACCCAAGAAAGUAAAAGCUAAGUGAUCACCCAGCCCCAACCCCCAGGGUAUAGGACAGAUCAAACCAACACAGACCUACGUCACUUUCUUGCCCCCACCCCACCCUGUUUUCCCAGCUGUGUGGUGAGUUGUUCCAGCUCUUUGGAGGAGGAGGGGAUAGGCAAAGGCUCUUGGUGAUGAGCUCAGCUCAGUGAGGGUGGUUGAAGUUUAUCUUCAAUGUCUUCCAUCCUAGGGGAGCUCAGCCCCCAGGGCCCUGGGCCUGCUGUGGCCAGCGUGAUAGCCCUGAUAGACCUCUUCCCGGCUCUCAUGGUCCUGCUUGUUCCAGCUUUCUGCUAAUGGCUGUCCUGUCUGCUGUUUGUCAGACACCACAGAAGAUCUGAGAAAUCACUAAGGCCUGGGGCCUGGGGCCUUUCCUUUGGGAACUCGGAGUCUUCUGGGGAUGGAAAUAGCAAGUGGCAUGUUGUAGGGGCUUGAAAGGAGCUGGGCUGAGGGUGGGGGAAGGGGGGAGGGGAAACAUGGCUGGAAGGGUGGGCUGGUGUCGGAUUAUAAAGGGCCUUGAAUGCAAGGCCAAGAAUCUUAUUUAGCUGACCACGAGUGUGGCUUUUUGUGAAUGUACAGUGUGGCUGUCAAGCUGAGGAGUGACAGGCUCACGACUUGGGAGACAGCCUGAGUUUUGCUUCAUGAAGGUGGAAUGACUUGAGUGAGGCAGGCCAAUGGGAAGGGUCAGAAUAUGGCCUGGAAACACUGUACUAUUCGUACAAUUUGUAAGUCAAAACUUAUUUGGGGGGCAGCGGUGGUUCAGUGGGAAAAUUCUCACCUUCCGGGGUUCCAUUCCUGGCCAAUGUACGUCACGUGCAGCCACCACCUGUCAGUGGAGACUUGCUAUGAUGAACAGAUUUCAGGGGGGCUUCCAGACUAAGACAAACUAGGAAGAAAAGCCUGGUGAUUCACUUCAGAAAAUCAGCCAAUGAAAACCUUAUGGAUCAGAUGUGGUCUCCAUGAACCGGGGACCAACUCAAUGGCAGCUAGCAACAACAAACUUAUUUCAAAAUAAAAGAUACAAAGGAAAGAGGGAAGAAGAACUAUGACCUGGAACCUUGGGAGAGCCCUAAGGCAACGUGGAAGCCUGGAGAUCGGGCCGGCCUCUCCCUCCUCCCCUGGCCUCCAGCCCCACCCGACGCGCAUGCCCACAUGUGUUUAUGGGUUUGCUGAAUGGCCGCAGAGCCACACUGUCUGGAGAACUCCUCACCACUGUUCCUCUGUCACCUCAUUUGUCCCCAGCUUUUCUUGAUGCCGUGUCCCAUCCUCAUCUGACAGUGGCUCACACCUUUGCCUGUCCUGUUCCACUUCCCUUCUCUGUAGCCUGGGAUCAACCCUUCCCCUGUGCCCCCAGACCAUCCCCUCUUCUCCUGCCUUUGUGGACCUCUGCCCCUCAGGGGACACAUCUAGGCCUCUUCUCUACCCUCUCUAUUAUCUUGCCUCACACACACCUUCAGGUAUCAUCACCAUGAGGAAAGAGAAAACUAAAAGCCUACUUCCUGUUGCUUCCUGUAGCUAAGACCUGUGUCCUUCUCUGUGAUAAACUCACAGGAUGUGUGGUCUUUGCCCACUGUUUCUCUUCCUCACCCGGCUCUCAUUCACACCUGGCUUCCAGCCACCCCUUCCUGAAAUGCCACCCCCAGGGGCACCAAUGCCCCUCAGUUACUAAAUCCAAUGUCUUUUCUCAGCCUUCACUCCCCUUUACCUCUCAGUGACCUUUGGCCCUGCUGGGACCACAGCCUGCCCCAACCCUGCAUCAAAUCCCUGGUGCUCACCAAGCCCAACAGGACCUGACAUUGACAACCAGGCCCUGCUUGGCCAAUGUCCUUUUCUAACUAUUUGACCUUGGGCCAGUUACUUAACUUCCUGUGCUUCAGUUUGCUUAUCUAUAAAAUGGGGAUAAUAACAGUACUUACCUCACAGGGACCUUGUGAAGAUUAAGUGAAAUUAUGCAUGUAAACAUCUGAGAACAAUGCCCGGCACAGAAGGAAAACCUGGUGAGUUAGCUAUUAAUGUGGCCUUACCUCAGGCAUCCUCCCCCUGCUUUUCUGGGUUCCAGCUCAGGUUCUGCCCUCAAGCACGCCAGUCCUGCUUUGAUGCUAGGCCCCUGCACUUGGCUUUCUGAAAGUCUGCCUGGAAGUUGCAAGUAACAAAUCUUAGCUCAAAUGAGCUUUAGCAGGAAACGAAAUUGACGGCUUCAAUAACCGAACAGCCCACGUCCAGGUUCGGUGAGGCUUACUCUAGGGCUCCACGCAGAGCCAAGAUUCCAUUUCUCUCUUGCCUUCCUGGGCUGUGUCUCCCAGGCUUAGGAGCUGGAGCAACCCUGAUGGUACCAAGAUGGCACUAGUAGCUCCUGAGACUCCCUUUUCCUGGCACAAACCUAGAAGACAGAUAUCUGCUUCCUGUAAGUUUCAAACUCUUGUCCAGAGUCCUGAAUCUCCUUGGGUGGCCUGCCUUGGCCAUGCCUGAACCUAUCACCAGGGCCAGUGCCUAAGGUAAUGAGAGCCUGCCUUUGGAGAGAUGGCAUAGUAGAGAUAAUACCACCCAGAGCCUGGGAGCAGCAACCAAAUGCUGAGAAAUUUCAAGGACUACUAAGACAGGGAAAGGGUAAACCAACUAAUUUCCAAAUGACACCUCCUCCAAGAAGCCUUCCCUGAGUAAUGCCUCCUCACCCCAUUUUAUUUCUAUCACAGCAAAAUCUGUAACUUUUUACAUUUGUUACUUUCUUUACUUCUUUGUUUGCUCUCAGUAGAUCAUAAGCUUCACAAAGGCGGGGAAGCAGGGAUGUUUUCUGUUGUUUCCCCAGGGCCUGUGUAGGACUGACACCUAGAGUUGAAAGAAUGCAAGUUUUGAAACUCUAUUCACUCUGCUUUCAGGGCUCCACUUUUCUCCUGGUUCCCAUACUUUCUAGGAUGCUCUUUUUCUGCUACCUCCUCUUGCUCCCCACAUCCCUAAACUCAGCCUUCCCGUAAGAUUUAGCCUCAGAGAUCUCUUUGAGGUAGCUGCAGAGCCUCCAGGAUAGCUUCUAAGAAAACAGUCCCCAAAUCUAAAUCUUCAGCCCCAAUCUCUGUUGUGAAUUACAGACCUGAGCUCUAACUGCCUAAGGGAUGUGAUCCCUCAAUAAACCUUCCAGAAAGCACCACGGAGAUGUUACUCAUUAUACACACGUAAGGACUGGACUUAACGUUACCGCCCUCAAGCUGGUCCCCUCCUCACUCCCCUAUUUCUACUAAUAAUUCUGUGGAUGUUCACCCAUUGCUUUGCAAGCUCACACACCAGUGUAUGUAAGGAGACUUCAGCCAGAUGGGCUUUUGUCUCACCUUGGUAUCAGGGAAGAUACUUCUGGUUUUCGGAUCUCUUUGCCCCCAUCUGUCUCAUGACACACCUGGGGUUGGGAGAAGAGGCUCCUUCGUUCAGGGUUUGCUGAACAGUCCUGCCCCCUCCUCUACGUAUAUACAUUCACUGCCCUGACCCUGGGCCAGACCCAGCUGGGAUCCUUGACUUCAGCUGCCAGUAUUUCCUCUGGGACCCCGGGCACGUCCGUGUGCUAAUCUGUGGUCCAAGGCUGAAAGAAGUCCCAGGGCUGAAGGAAGGUUUCAAGGGUACGGAGUCUUUCUCUGUUGAAGAUAAUUCUGCAUUUCAGCACUCUCACUGCCUUGGGGUCUGGAGUGACUGCUUCAGCUCUCCCCGCUGGGCGCUGCUCAGAACGGCCUUGGGCAAGCUACUCCUAAAUUUACUGCAGUGUCUUUGCAGGCACCGUACCCUCUUAGUCACCUUUGUCAAGGCGGAGGGGAGUAAUUUCCUUUAGAUCCAAGUGCUGGGAACAGCGUUGCUUCUCCUGAGAAUAGUUUGUGGUCUGCCUGUGAAUAAUGAGAAUCCUGCAAGUGACCAUGAUAGACUUCUCACUUGGCCACUGAGAUACUCAAAGCCAGUUUCCAGCUCUACUUGGAGGCUCUCAGGCCCACUAGAGCGCCCAUUGGCUAUUUUCUGUGGUUGCCCUGAUGCUUUUUUACUUGUGUUUCACUAAUUUAUUACAUGCAUUUCCUGUGAACGGUCUUAAAUUCUCUCUGGAACAAGGUGGGGAAUACAUUAAUAUUUAAAAUAAAAUAAACACAGGGUCAGUGUGUGUGUGUGUCUUAGGUUGGAAAUUCCUUAAGGGCAGGGACCAUGUCUGUUUAUACAGUGCCUGGCACAGUGUCAAACAGAGGCUUAACACAUGAACUUUGAUGAAGAGGAGAAAGAAGCUGCGUGAACUAAGACACAAAGGUUUAGGUCUCACUCUCCAGCUAUCAGAAACCCUGGUGGCGUAGUGGUUAAGUGCUAUGGCUGCUAACCAAGAGGCUGGCAGUUCAAAUCCACCAGGUGCUCCUUGGAAACUCUAUGGGGCAGUUCUACUCUGUCCUAUAGGGUCGCUGUGAGUCAGAAUCAACUCGAUGGCAGUGGGUUUGGCUUUUGUUUUUUUUCUCCAGCUAUCCCUCCUCCAAACCCCCUUAUGCAAUGAGUAACCUUCCUCAUGUCUGACGAAAAUUAUCCCACAUUCCUGACCAUCCCUAGGCUCACCUCCCUCUCCAGGCCCUGUCCACACACUCCACGUGCCAGCCUCAUUCUCACCCACACUCAUUCUCACCCACACUCAUUCUUACCCAC